AUGUUGACCCUCUUCUACCUCCCAUUGUUGCUCCUCGCGCCAUUGUUCACUCUUGCAGACUCGCAGGAUCCAGGCCAAGGUCACGGAAAACAGUACUACCCUUGGAACUCUGUCAAAUGGACCAUGCCUCUCAGUUCAGUCAAGGCCGAUACGACAGUCGACUUGACUUGGACAGGGGGUAGUGCAAAUGGGUAUGAGGUGUAUUACGUCCCUCAGUGGGAGGGUCAGGACGUCUUUGAGUCUAUCGAUAUCGCUACGACGUCUCAUAAAUCCGUUCGAUGGCAUACUCCUCACGCCGACCAGUUCCCCGAUGGCACCACCUUCAUCCUCGGCGUUCGCGAUGUCAUUGCUGGGCCAAAGUCAACAUGGUACGACUUGACCGGUCUGGUCAAGUUUGACCGUCAUUAG